GGACACUUUUACGCUAACGAUAAGCUGGGAACCUUACGUGAAUGGGUUUCAGAGUGCCUUGAAUUGCCAAGCAUUGUAUUCAAGCUCUGGUCACCGCCAGGUCACGUCUUUCCUGGUGGUAAAAUGCAGCGCCCGCCCACUGCGCGCACUGAACUUGCAGAUCUCCAGGCUACUCUUUCAGAGCUCGGCUUGGCCCCAUGCAGUUUAAUUGCAUUCGAAGCCGAUGGUCAAUCUUCCUCAAAUGUAAUGCAUUUGAAACAGCAACUGCUCAAGCAAGCCAGAUCCAUUGCAUAA